AUGAAUCUCUUGGGGAAGUUAACGUUUACAAGUAUUCUCUUAACAGUAACAUCGUAUUCGAAUCUUUCAAAGAAUCCCAGGGCUGAUAUCAACGAUUCGCGGUAUCGAUUCUUCAAAUGUUUGGCACAGUGUGGAGAAGGUGUAGGUGUAAUAGCAUUGUAAUUGAUAAAAAAAGGGUUUGAUAACAUUUUAAUUGAUAGUUUUGUUUAUACUGCAUCAACGGUGGUAUAACUUAAGGUAGUAUCGAUCUUUUUGUUAUGGGAGGCUCAUAUAUUGAGAAGCAUUGUAUAUAGAUGUGAUGUUUUAGUGUGGUACACAAAGGAACACAACGUUAGCUUCUGGAGAUGUGGUGAACGAUUGGCAGUUGGAUGAGCUCAAAUUUGAUACUGUAUGUCUAAUAAUAACUGAAAAAUUAUUUUUAUGGCAUUGCUUACCUAAAUCCCUGUUUUCAGUGUAAAAUGGGUUGUAAAUACGGUACCGGCUUUGACGCAUCGUCGCCCAAACCUACAGAAUCCACGCUUUCGGACGCGUUCUCACCGUUGGAAGUGAUCUGCGUAGAUCGGUUAUCAGUGACUCCGCCGAGAAUCCGAGCCAAACUCAACGUACCAUCACCACCUCAAACUGACAAUUUGACUAUGUAUGUGAUCGAGGUAUACCGAAGCAUGGUCAACAGGAAUGGAGUAGUUGAGAACGAGUUUGUACAGAGGAAUUUUGUAAGUUAUACUUAAUUAAUGAGGUAUAUUUCAGGUUUUCUAGCUGUAAUAAUGUAGUUUAGAGGUGAAAUUGUAUUUAUUUUGUGUAAAUACAAUAGGUGGUCUUACAUCUAUAUUAACAUUGCUAUUUUCAGUCAUUUUCUCCUCGCUUCUCCGUGGAACACGUCUUUUCCGGAGCCAACCCUAAGAAAGAGAUCUUGACCUUCAAAGUCUUUGGGUUCACGGCAGCUUCAGAAGUCUUAUCUCCAGUUUGUUCGGACGAUUUGCUUCUGGAGAAUGUGUACGCAGCUCAAAAAGAUCCGAUCAAGUUGAAUAUGAAGGAGAAGAUUCAGAUGCGCGACUCUUCUAUCGUGCUGUUGGCGUGGAGUGCUGAAGAUCUGAAACAUCCUCCAGAAUGCGAUCAGUUCAUUCAUUGGACUAAUGGACAUAGACCUAACCAUAAGAUGGUGCAGUUGGUAGGUUUUGAUGUUUUGUUGGCUUGGAAAUUGAUUUUUAUUUAUUUUUGGGGCGAAAGGACGAAAAAUAUAUAUUGUAGUAGGUUUUUUGGGCAAUUCUUGGUCUAAUUUUUUAUUUUAUUUACAAAUUUUUUGAUUGAAAUAGUAUUUUAUGUUUAAAAAUUAAUUUUGAGGUGUUAUACCUCAAGAAUAAUAUAAUUUCUUCAGGAUUCAUCCCACACCGUGGCCAUAACUGACCUAAAUGACACAGCUACAUAUGUGAUCACAGCGUACGGCAGAUCAGAUGCCGGCAAAGAUCAAAGGCCAACCAGCAAACUCGUCUUAAGGCUGAAUCCAGAAGCUCACGAACUAAUCAGAGCUGAACUUGUCGAGUUUGUUGAUUCAUAUGCCAUUAUUGUUGGAUGUUGUGUCGUCAUCAUACUAAUGGGUCUACUGGGAAUCUGCUUUUGUAUGCAAUACAAGGCCACUGUGAGGAGAAGAGAACGAUCAAAGGCACGGUACGACAUCAAAGCGAUGCAGGCUAGAAUGGGGUAUCCAAUCAAGGUAAGUUCUUGAUGUUUUGAGUAUGUUUUUGGUAUGUUUUAGUAGUGAUUUGGCUAUAAAAGAGUAACAAGUUGAAAAAUGUUGAUUAAUCUAGCAUUUAAAGGUUAAUAUUCGAUUUAUUAUUACCAUAAUUCUACCAAAACACUGUUUUGUGUACUACAAUACUGUGCUGUUGCCUUUAUUUUACAAUUUUUGAUAACACAAUGACAUUUCUAGACAUCUACACCUUCAUCACGCGACGAAGAUCAUUCCAAUUACUCUUUCGGUGUUAACAACAGCUCAGAAUUUAUCACCCAAACUCCUCAAACGCCUACUGUAACAUACACUCAGCGGUUACCUCAGAAACACUACCCAGCACCGCUUCGACCAGGCAUUCUCAGUCUGACGGUACAACCGCCAUUCGAACAGAAAGAUACGUUGUGUUAA